AGUGUACUAUAAUUAAACAUUUCGUGUUCCCCGAAAAGCGGGCAUUUCUUCCAUCUUUCGGAUCAGUUGCCGUGGAAUAGUUGCGACCGAUUGACGCUACAGGACUCUGGACUAAGUGCUCAGAAACAGAACGAGCCUAAAAAGGGUCCUGGAUCGGUCAGAAACGUGUGUCAAUUUAGUGGACGCAGUGCUUUCGUUAUUAAAAUAGUGACUUUAAAGAUACUCUUUUCUUAAAAGACUGUGUAUAAAAGUGUUUGUGCCGUAUGAUAUAUUUUGAAAAAAAAUGGGCAAGAAAAAGAAAAAUGGUGCUAAGAAAGGCGGCAAUCGGUUUUUUAGGUGGAUCAGAAGCGAUCUACCAGAUGAGGAGGACAAGAAAUCGCCUGUCCUACUCCUAGGCGUAAACAAGAUCUCCGACUCACCAUCCUUUGUCCGACGAAGAUCCAUCGAACCACACACAUCAGGCUCCAUAAGGUUCUUCAGACCCUUAAGAUCAAAGUACACCAGAGGUCUCCAUGGAGAUGAAAGACUGGAAAAGAUCAGACAGGACCUCCUAAUCCAUAAGAGCAAACCUGAUACCUACAUUCCGAAAGACCACGAAGUCUCACUUGAACCUGAAGAGAGAUGCAUGAAAUUAAACUGUGUGGGGAGCUGCGUUUGUGACAGGAAAGAGAGCUCCACUCGAGGGUCCUUCUCCUUCCAAAGACCAGAACCAGGCACCCAACACUACGAGAAACCAAAAGACUUUUCGGAAAACGACAUCGAAUUCAAGUAUACGGAACACAUUCCUCAAUCUCAGCCUUCCAGUAGCAAACAAAGCUACAAUGUCACGCCUAAAUCUACGGAACGGAGACAUUUCCUCCUAGCCAACCUUAAUGAGAGGUUCCGAAAGACCUUGAGCUUGGACUCCAGAAAGGUUGAAACCAACCGGGUAGCCGUCAACCUCCCAAAGGAAACACGACCUAUAUCUUUAGUAAACACGAGCAAUAUUUGCGUGCAAUACAAAGCUUCAGAGCCUUUCAUCGCCCCAAAUUUUAGUAAGGCUUCCCAACCAAAGAAGAAACGGAAAUCAUUUUUUUCAUUAGACACUUUUUUUGACUCGAAAAAGUCUGAUACGUCGUCCAUUGACGAUUAUUGCUCAUCAAAGUACAAGCGCUUUGAGCUUGAAAGUGAUGACUCUCCACUGUUCAAACGAGAAAGCAACGAAGAAAAGACUCCAGAUCUCCUCAAUCUGCCGGUUAUAAUAGACUCGGUGAGAAAGAAGCAAUCAGACACAAGGAGACAGUUAGAGAAGCUAGAAAAUCAUUACUAUAAGAAUAUUCAUAAGCCCCAGACUGUUAUUGACGCGGUCCCUAAAGACGCGACCAAUUUACAGGGACCUAGCGGGCAUACAAACCAUUUGUUCCUUGACGAGGACGUAGAAUACAUUGAACCAAUUCGCAGCACUUUCACAAGCCAAAGCACACUGAUUCUGGACAAAAACGCGACUGAGGAAUUAAAACCUGACUCCAUUUUGACAAUAAACACUGAUGAGACGGAUAUAAAGCUCCCAAGUUCUACUGUUUCUCCCAAGUCACAUGCUGAAGAUUUUGACAGCAUAGGAGCGUAUGAGAUUGAGGUGAAGGAGUCUGAUUUGGUGAAAAUAGCUAAGGAAUUGACAGUAAAAGUGAUGGAUAAGUCAGUGGAUUCCAUUGGCAGUUGUUCCCUAGAUGUCGAUGCUAGUACCGACUUUUCAGAUACCACAUCAGGAAGUUUGAAUCUCCUAACACCGUCUUCCACCACCAGCCGGAUCCGAGACUUCACCUCUCGGCUGCAAGAGCGGGCAGGCUCCAAUCUCCAGCCUAACUACUUAGCCAGCCCCACCCCCGUAGCAACCCCCGUCCGGACACCAGAAGACACAACCCCAACCCCCAGAAAGUCUGAGAAUCUCCUCAAACCUCCCCCCAAAGUAUAUGUCGAUACCUCAAGUCAUAGGUCGAGAGGACACCACAAAAAGCGAGACGAACUACCCCAUAAGAAGCCUAGCUAUCUAAACCUAGCCUGUUCUGUCAAUGGGUACACGAACCUCACCACCUAUGACUCCAAACUAAGGCAAGAUAUCAACAAAAGCCGCGAGGCGUCCCCCAUAAGGCCCAUCACUCACACCUACCAAUACAGAAGCGAAAAUAACUCGUUACUCGUCCCUGUUCCAGUCAGCGCCAAUAAACUGUUGGUCCCCACAUUCGGGCCUCAUGAUACGCGCGCCGAUUUGACACAAAAAGCGCCUACCAAGGCGCACACAGACCCUUACCUAGCCACAUCACCCUUUAAUGUCUACAUGGCUGCCGAAAAUAAGCAGUUGAAGAACGACUUCCUAGGCAACAUGACUACCACCAGUCGGCCUUACAUAUCAAGCGAAAGCAAGAACUUCGCCACCUCGAUGCUCCACAAAACCGAUGAAGUAGACAAUGCUAAGGAGAUCACCUUCAAAUCCAGCUAUUCGGAGACGAAUUUCCGGAAGACUGUCACCUCUAACGGUAAAGAAACAAGGUUCACUUCUGAAUCGUAUACUAUUUCUUCGAAUGGGGUCUCCAAACGGGUGGAAAUCACGAAGGAGAAUGGGGAACAGCUCACGAGUCCUAUGAAGAGUUUUAUCCAGCAAAGGGUGGAAAGGCUGUACGGUCCUGGCGCUUUAGCUCAAGGUUUCUUCAACCAGAAGCGCCAUAAACUGAAGAGUUCAAGCGAGGACGAUGAGCCUAAGGUGUUGACCGAAAAGUCUUUGAACACUCCAGAAAGGCUGCCCAGAAAGGUGGAGGAAGCAGAAAAAGACAUCUGUACGAGUCCAAACGGAGAAAUGGACGUCUCCCUACCAGUUUUGAGGCAUUUGAGGCCUGAGUUCCGAGCUCAGCUGCCCAUUUUGUCACCAAAGAAGUGUGUUAAAAGCGACCUGUCUCCGCAGAAGAUUGAAGAAGACAUUCCUAAAGUCGAGAAGACUGAAACGGUGGAAGAUGAGAGUGCAGUGUCGGUUACGAACGGUGUUUCUGUGAUAAAACUAGACAGUGAUGUGAAUACGCCGGUGAUAUGUAGUGUAAAUGGUGAAUCGAAUGGUGUGAAAGAAGUUGUAAAGGACGCUCAUUAUUUCUUGAAUUUGGAGAAGAAGGAGACUGAGAGGUUGCUGGCGCUCGCCGCUACCGCUGAGAAGGAAUUGGAGGAUUUACAGAAUCGCGAGGAUGUCAGUGAGGAGGUGUUGGGCUUCCUGCGCGCUGCGUCAGGCAAGGCCAGGCUUCUGGCUACACAGAAGAUGCAGCAGUUUGAAGGUCUCUGCUACAACAAUAUAAACGAGCGGCAGGACGAGCCGUUCCCCACGACGGUGGAGGACCUGCAGGGUUUCUGGGACAUGGUGUGCCUGCAGGUCGCCAACGUGGACGCCCUGUACCAGCAGAUCGCCGAGCUCAAAGCUAAUAAUUGGCAGGAGAUAACAGCCCCCUCCAAGCCGACGCCGUCUACGCCCGUGACGUCCCCUCCACGUCGCGCCCGCGCCACGCCUGUCGUCAAGAAUGAGAAGGCGAGACUCGCUGCGGAGAAGCGGGAGGCCGAUAGGAAAGCUAUGCUGGAACAUAGGAGACGCGUAGCCCGCGAGAGACAGCUGGCGCAGCGCACCGCCGCGCCCGGGACCAGUCAUGAGGCGCACAGUGACAUGGGGAUCGAAGGCAGUCAGGAGGUGGAAAUCUUCGUAGGCAAGACGGCGAAGCCUUCGAAGGUGGCUCCCAAAGGUGACUGCAUGAGCCUGGAGCGAUCUGAUGACUCCAUCGUCGAAGGGAGCUGAUUCCCACGCUAGAAGUACUAUCCUAUCACUAUUAUAUUAGAUGAACAUUGUCUACUGCACUUAUAUGUAUGGCGAUUGAGAGAUAAAGCCCUCCAAAAUCUAUAAUAUAAAAAUAAGUCGGGUUUUCCUUCCUGACGCUAUAACUCCAGAACGCACGAACCAAUUUCCACGGUUUUGCAUUCGUUGGAAAGGUCUCGGGCUCCGUGAGGUUUAUAGUAAAGAAAAUUCAGCUAAAAUUCUAAAAGUAGGGAAAGUAAUUGGUGGCGAAACGGAGUUUGGCAGGUUUGCUAGUGGCUGUAUAAUUAAUUAAUUGUUAUUUCACUGAAAAAUUACUAAUUUCAUGGGAAAACUGGCUUUUACCCAUGUCUUUACUAUGUCUGGGUAGCGUUUGCAAAAUUUUAAGAAUUGUGAAUGGGUUUCUUUGACUCUAUAGGGUAACAUUGAUGAUUUAGAUGACUGAAAAACUAAUGUACGCUUUGUUCUGGAUUCCGGUUGGUUAUAGAAGUUGGGUCAAAGUUACCCUAGUAGGCUAUAGAAUUUGAGUCGAACUGAUGCGGGCUAUAGAAAUUGCGCCCUGGACGCGAGAGGGAGUGUCAAACUUACUGACUAAAAACCACCCCGUUCCUAUUCCUGCUUUUCGAGCUGGAACUCCGGUAAAACCGCUAGGUAGUCCAUAACUCCGUUUCAGGCAUCAGCCCUACUGGGCCUUAUCUGUGAUGAUCUGACGGCUCUUUGAGUACGCACGGGUCUGGUUCUGUUCGGGCGGUGAGCUACCCUUGCUUGCCGCCCGACCAGAACUGCCGGUGGCCGGAGAUCGUCGCGCGAUCCCCGACGCCCGGAAAUUUGAAUACAUGAAAUGUAGUAGACAAUGUUCAAUUUAUAAUCAAAGUCCGAUUUGUUUUGAAAAAUAUGAGUUUUGUAUGAAAAAUAUGUAUUUGUAUGUAACGAAAAAAAAAAAUGAAAUUAUGAUACUCAAUUGUAGGAAUAUGAAAUCGUAAUGAGAAUCCAUAAUAAAUUAUUGUUUUUACCUUAUUUCAAUACUUUUUUUUUAUUUUAUUUUUUUUUCACUCGCUUCUAAAUUCUUUUAUUUACAAUUUUAGUUUUAAUUUUUUUGUUUUUUUUUUUUAGUUUUUAGUUUAAAAUGUUUCUUAGUUGCAGAGAAUAGAAAGGAAAUGUAAAGUUGCUGUUUUUUUGUUUUUUUUUUUUAAUGAAUUUUGAUUAAAAUUGUAAAUAAGGAAUUUUUAUUUAGAGAAGCGUUAUCUUUGUUUCGUUUGUUUGGGUGUUUCCGUAUUAGCGACUAAUUUAAUAAAUUAAAAUAUACCAUAAAAUCCAUCCUAUUUAUGAUGUUACUAUAAAUUAUUAUUAUUCGACAUUCCUGGUGAAUGAUUGAAUUAUUCUUUACUUUAUGAACUAAGGGUACAGAAUUGUAUGAAAACAAACUCGCGUUUGCUUUACAUUGAACGAAACUGUUUUAUAAAGCGCCGAACGCGCUCUCGUUUCGUUUACUUUAAAACGUAAAGCAAACUCGUACUAAGGGUGCUACUGAUUGGCCGGUGCCAAUGAAACAACCUAUCAGACCGCCGCUUUCUCUUUCCCGUUUCGAUCUCAUACUAAGCCCUCUGGUCCUAACAAUAGUACUAUGGGAUAAAAAGUAUCCUAUGUGUUAUUCUAGACCAUAAUCUACCCCUGUUCCAAAUUUCAUCCCAAUCCCUUCAGCAGUUUUUGCGUGAAGGAGUAACAAAACUUUCGCAUUUAUAAUAUUAAUAGGUUUAUUAGUCGUUAAUAUGACACCUAAAUAAAUAGGUAUUGUUUAACGUUCGUCAAGUAAAUUUAUUUAUUUUAAAAUCAUGUCCAUCAUAUUAUUGUCGCAUUUUCGCUAAAUAUUAUAUAACUUUGUACAUAAAUAAGGCGCCUGAAAUUAUAAUAAUGCACUGUUAAACAGAUAAUAUCAACAUAGGCCACGAAUUGUUAAAUUAAAUAAUAAAAAAAAGUUAUUAAGAUUUUGUUAAUUUUCAACUUUAAGUGUGGAGAAAUAAAACCGAUUUUUGCCUGGCAAGAUAGAUAUUCACUUAAGUUUCCUAUAAUCUACAAUUACAAUCACUUUUUAAAGAUACAUUUCAAUAUGAUUAUCAAUUUAAUUCUCUCAGAGUAAAGAAAGGCAAUAUUUUAAGUUUUUAAACUGACAUGGUCACUAACUCUAUCAUUAGAACUUGAGACGGGAUAUUUACCAUGUUUAUUUAUGUCUAUGAGUUUACAAUACUCCAGUUCAUCCGUGAUCAUGGCGCUUGCAACAGUGCCGAAAUAUCGGAAACUCAUAGACAUAAAUAAACAUGGUAAAUAUCCCGUCUCAAGUUCUAAGGAUAAUAUUUUUUGUUCCAAAAAGUGAAUUAACAAAAUCUUAAUAGUUUUAACAUCAUUUUUACAAAAUAUUUUACCGAAUUAUGUAAUAAUAAUUAAAAUUAUAAAUAAUAUAGUAAAUUAACUAA